AUGCGAAAAUCAUCGUGGGCCAAGGUCGUCUUUAACACCACGUUUGUCUCCUCUCCGGCAUAUGGAAGAAUGUCAAUCGAUGCUCUAAUUAUGGAAUACCUCGUGCCCGAGGUACGACUGGAGACAUUACAGUUCUACGGUCCAUCAAACCGUAUUGAAGUGCGAUAUCCCGGGCUAGAUUAUUCAUACCCACCGCAUCGCUUGCGACUGAGUCGAUUUCGAUGGCAUCGAAAAUUGUUUCAAGUGUUUGAUGAUUUUAACUUGACUCAAUCGGAGAUCAAUGAUCUGUGCCGGUGGGAGGGAACGAAGUCAGCGCGACAAUGGUACGAAGCAGAACGAGGUAUCAGAGUGCGGGACACAACCGCCCAAUCAAUCACCCCUGCGUCGCCCCUACUCUCCCCAUCUGUUGUUGUCCAUCACGUUAGCGAAUUGGAUAACUUGCUCAACGCGGAUCUCUUUUUGUCUCCGACUGAAGAGACUCCCUACCCAAGCGCUUGUUUAACUUCCAGAGCUCGUGAAUCUGACAGAAUAGAGUCCGAUAUCGGGAAACAACUCGCUCAUGAAGGGACAAGGUGCCUGUCAGUCUCACAGAAUGACCAGCUUGUCGCAAGUGCAUCACAAACUCAGAGCUCCGACUUGCAAAGUACACAUCGAUGUGGGCACGGCGAGAUGGCCCACAUGGUUCGUGGAGAGCAACUGACAAGGUUCAACUCUCAACAAUCGGGCCCAUCGCUACCGCCAUCCGGACUUUUCUUUGAUCAUCAUUCGGUCCCUUCCUGA